AUGAAGGAUCUUGGCAAGUUAAAGUACUUCCUUGGGAUAGAGGUUGCUUACUCUAGACAAGGCAUCUUUAUUUCCCAAAGAAAAUAUAUCCUAGAUCUCCUCAAAGAGAUUGGUAAGUUGGAUUGUAAGAUCACUAGAGUGCCCAUAGAGCAAAAUCAUAGAAUUGGAAAUGAUGAGGAAAGCCCAAAGGUGGAGAAGACACAGUACCAGAGGCUUGUGGAAAAACUCAUCUACUUAUCACACACCAGGCCUGACAUAGCCUAUGCAGUUAAUGUGGUUAGUCAAUUCAUGCAUGAUCCAAGAGAGGGACAUUUGCAGGCUGUAAACAGAAUUAUUCAGUACUUGAAGGCCUCUCCAGGGAAAGGAUUGCUAUUCAAAAAGGAAGGAAUUUUAUCCAUGAAAGUAUAUACUGAUGCUAACUACGCUGGAUCAAUUAUUGAUAGGAGAUCCACCUCAGGAUAUUGCAUGUUCUUGGGUGGAAACUUGGUGACAUGGAAGAGCAAGAAAUAA